AUGGCAUGGAUACAUAUCAUUGAUCGACACCCUUCACUUCAUGGCGUCCUUACCGGUUUAUUAACAGCCAUUGGAGCCAUUGGUAUAUUGAUCGUCCUUUCCAUUCCACCCACUUGGACACCCCUCAUUCUACCCGCUGCCAUUAUUUCCUGUAUUCUUGAUGGCUCAUUCUUCCAGCCACUUGAAGUAGUUAUAGACAGUGCCAUCAUUAAAAUAUUAGGUGAUUAUAAAAUAUUGUAUGCAAAGGAAAGAAAUUGGGGGAAAUUUACCUUGGCUAUAGUGACAUUUGCCAUUGGCUGUUUCUUAGAAGGAGACCAUGAUUUUGAUACACUCAUGGUCGUCCUACUAAUAGGAUCAGUUGCAUUGUUCCUGCUCUCUCUAUCAACAAGCGUACAAGCAGUAGACCCAGCAUUAUUGGUAGGAAGACAGCAUCAGCCCCUUUUAACAACUGAAAUUAUUUACAAACCCUAUCAUGUAUUUGGAGAACAUCUUUCGCAUAUUUCUGAAGAAGAUGCAAGCAUGCUGCAACGCAUGACAACAACACAUUCAAAAUAUAUAUCCAUCAUAGACCAGUACGCUUCAUUUGAUCUCGUUCGACUGCCCUAUCCACCUGCCUCUUCAGCAUCCAUCGUGUUAAUGUCAUCAUUAAAAAUAUCUUGUCCGCAUGAAGAGGAUGCGCAGGAAAAAAGAGUUGCGCGGUUCAUGCAGAUAUCGUUCUUUUGCUUAGGCAUCGUUCGCGGAAUGACUCAAUCUGUCAUUUACCUUUUUCUCUAUGAUAAAUUGAAAAUGCCAACCUAUAUCAUUGGCGCCGUUGGAUCUAUGGAAAUUCUCUCUAGUCUAUUAGCUGAUCACUUGUUAAUUCAUGUGAUCGAGCAUGUUACACAUCUGUGGAUUGUUACCUGUAGUGCCUACACCAUAUCACUAUUGUCUACAGUUGUGUAUAUAUACCUAACCGUGGAUACCAUUUUGACCCAAGUAAGCGCCAUUGUAUUAGAGCUAUGUCAAGGUCUCUCCUUUCACAUGAUAUGGCUACUGGCUAUAAAUCACGUCAAUUCUUCAUUACUUACAGAAGAUAAACGAAUGAUGUUGAAAGGAUACUUGUCUACUGCGUAUAGUCAUGUUGGUUACGCACUAGGCGUUAUAGCAACAGGUUACUUGAUAUCAUCAAAUCAUGAUUACACCCUUAUUUAUAAAUCUUCAUUACCUUUCAUUCUUUUAAGUGCCUUUUUGGCUUGGGAAUGGACUUUUCCCAUCUAA